GUGGUCAGCUUUGAAAAGAGUCCUGCAUAUCGUGAAAGAUGUUGAACGGAACAGGACUGUCUUUCAUUCUAUGGCUACUGAUGAACGCGGCUUCUGCUCGCGGAGACAACAGCCCCGGUGUAUCUUGGGAGGUGGAAGAUAUGCUUGUAAAACUGCAGGAUGAUCUUGGCAUAAAAAGUCUAGGAAGCAAGACUCCACUUUACCGCAAAGACAUGUCUUCUGAUUACGUCGCCUAUUGGCUCAUAGAGUUCAAUAAGGAGGGAUAUGUCAUUCUGUCAUCAGGGGAGGCAACCGGUGACUACAGGCUGCUCCAACAGGGUUAUCUCCCCUCCCCGGUGGUCGUGCUGUCUCGACGGGCAGAGAGACAGGGGGCGCCAUGUUCCAGGUUCUAUGUGUUCACAAUAGACGCCGAGAUCCUGUGUGAAGACAGCCAAGGGUCUGUAGCUGCCUCAACCAUGGACGAGCUGCUGGGUAAUCCGAAUGAGCUUCAUGACGAACAGCUGGCUAGAGAGUACAGGGCUGUUUCCGGUGGACAGCGCUACCUGGCGGAAGAAUGGGACAAAAAGCGUAGGGACAUCCGGGCCAGUCCCGAGUGGAGGACACUCAGCGUUGUACGCGCAGGACAGGGAGUACAGCAGGUUUACGAGGAAUAUGUGAUUAUCGCCCGAGAGCAGGCAGUUGCUGUAGGAAACGCCACCACUGUUCGCAUACGCGCCUUCAACGAAACUGCGACCUUUGAUCCCUUUAUCCUGGUGCCCAAAUAUGAAUCGAAACAAACCUCUGACCUACAACAGAAUACAUGCAUCCUAACACAACUCUGUUCAAGUUCAGACCUGACCUUAAUCAAUCAAGAAAAGAUAAAAACAGACGAAAAUGGUCUACGAUACGUUCCGGUGCGGUUCGGCAUCACGCGAAUUCCCGUGAGAUUUCAGAUUGAGGUGUAUCUGUCUGACGGAUCAGUUGCUGUACGCAACUUCCGGUUGGAUGUUUCUCUAACCCGCGCUGCUGUACAACCGAUGCACAUCUACACUGUUCCCCUAGAGGAGGAGUUCCCCGACUAUUGGCAGCCUACCGUGAACGCUUCACUCAACAGGCAGUAUCAACAGUGCCAGGUAGGCGACGGGACAGUAGCAUGGGCCAUGGUUCUGGGUUAUUAUGACCGCCGUUCCUCAGCUAGACCACGUGAAUUUGGUACUGCUUCACAAGGCCUCUUUAGAUGUGGACCAUUUGGUUUCCAUGGCGAUAAGAAAUGUAAAGCUCCAAAGAAAAAUGACGCUUCUUUUGAAAAGUACCUUGACUCAUUAAAACGUCGACUGAACGUCAUUUGUAACGGCGACGUUGGCGUGACGCGGGACACCAUGAUGGCCAACAUCCAGCCACUGUUUGAUCAUUUGAUGGAGGAGGCCUCGACUGUCGUCUUGACUCACCAGUCGGACAAGAAGUUGUACGGUCUGCUUCCGAACUACUUCCCGAGGGAUCCCGAUGGUGCCCGAAACCACGCGAUCAAGCAUUUGAUGAGCAGGGACACACUUCCGGUUGUGGUGGAUUCCCGGAUGUCCAGGUUCUGGGGCCCUGUUGGCCAGCAUUACGUUGUAGCCACCAAGCUGAGGCGGCGGUCCCUAAGGUACAGGGUGUGCACAGGGAGGGGUUGUGGACAGUGGCGGACGGACUUUGAUGUCGAGUGGUACGAACACAGCGGCUUGGAGUCCAAGGUGGGAGAUGGUUGGCAAAAGGCCAACACGUUCUUUGCCGCCAUAGCCUCCUACAAAUAGAAAAACCAGAGAACAUUCACUUUGGUCAAUGGAGGGAUGGCUUUCCUAGCAUUUUGCGAAUAUGAUGUACCGGAAUACUUUCACUGGUAAAUAAGCAAUGAAUAAGAUACAACUCAA